AUGGCAACACCGAUCGAUGAUAAUCCAGUAGCAAUUGUGACAGGAAUAACACAAACAUUUCAAUGUAAAACAGAUGCUGGCCGACCAUCUUCAAGAAUACAGUGGUAUAUUUCUGACACCAACAUCACCAGUUUGGCUACCCCUCAGGAUGAUGUUUGUAGUCUCAAUUGUAAUGGUAAAGUUAUAUCAUCCAGUGUACUGAUAUAUACUGUGAAUCGAGAAGAUGAAGGAAAAAUCAUUUACUGCACAGCUCUAAAUAUCGAAAAUCAAAGUGUAGGAUCACAGAACAAAACUGUUGAAAUAUUGUAUGGACCUGACCAAGUCAUCAUUUCUCCAUCAACUCAAACCUACACCGUAUCAGAAGCAACAGAACGUGUUGGUCCAAUAACUUGUUCAGCUGAUUGUAAACCUGACUAUGGCCCUAACCAAGUCAACAUUUCUCCAUCAACUCAAACCUACACAGUAUCAGAGGCAACAGGACGUGUUGGUCCAAUAACCUGUUCAGCUGAUUGUAAGCCUUACUGUACAAUGACCUGGAGUGGACCUAAUCUUCCUGCUGGUACUACAUCUGUACUGAAUCUGAGUAACAUUGACAGAAAUCAGGCCGGGAAUUACCAAUGUAUUGGUGCAAAUAUUGUUGGUAGUCUAACAUCUGUUACAAUUCUUAUUAUUGUUCAUUAUGGUCCUCGCAAGCUCAACAUUUCUCCAUCAACUCCGAUCUACACUGUAACUGAGAAAAACGAAAGUGUUGGUCCCAUUAUUUGUUCAGCUGAUUGUAAACCUGACUGUUCAGUGACAUGGAGUGGACCACAUAUUGCUAAUGGCACUACAUCUGUAAUGAAUCUUAAACACAUUGCACAGAAUAAGGCGGGAAAUUACCAAUGUUCUGCUACAAAUAGUGUUGGAAGUCUGACGUUAGUAAAAGUCAUUGUUAUUUUUCACUAUAAACCUUUUCUUGACCAUACAAGACCCUUUUCUCCAGAAUUUAUAAGUGCCACAGAAAACAACACUCUACACAUUACAGUAACAAUAAAUGCUAAUCCGACCCCAACUAUAGAAUGGACUUUCAAGGCGGAAACGGACAUGAUACCAUGCAAUUUUAGUACAAUAUUAUCUAACACUAGUACAAAUGGAUUCAGUUCUUUGUCAUUCAUAUUGAUCGAUAAUGUACAAUACAGUAACUUUGGAGAGUAUAUUAUCUCAGCUAGAAACACAAUUGGAGUCUUCUACCGCAGAUUUAUUGUUAUGAAAGAAGCAAACUUAAGACAAGAAAUCUUUGCACACACAAAAGAAAAUACCGGAAUAUUUGUUGCAGGAUUGGUAACAUUAGUUGUAGGAUUGUUGAGCCUAACGACAGCAAUCAUUUGUAUUGUCCGUCAAAGAUGCAAGAACAAGGCCCCUCAGUCAUGCAAAUCUGAUGAAUAUACUAAUGUGCAAAGAAGCAAUCCUGCAUUUACAGAUGCGUACACUACGUUACAGUCUGAUAUGGAAACAAGACCACACCAAGAGCAAUGUGGUAACAUCUAUGACGAAUGUAGGGGGAGACCUGGAGCAUACGCAUGCAGUUCUUCAGCAACAAAUGAGUCAGAACAAAAACAACACCAAGAGAAAGGUAUCAAUACAUAUGAGGAAUGUGGAAGAAUAUUUGACGCAAAUUCGUAUGAUAACUUGAUCAAAUAAAGUCAGGGCAUGAACAUCAAAUACAAGCCAUGGAUUGUUUACCAUUUGAAAAUGUGUUCGGACUUAAAUGAGAAUGUCAUAGUUUGAAAAUCAAUCUAUAAGGUUUUCAAUUCAACUUCCAAUC